UCUCCCUCUCUCUCUCUCUCUCACUCUCUCUCUCUCUCUCUCUCUCUGUAUCUGCACGCGUUAUCCUAGGACAGAGUAAAGCUCCACCUCCUAUCUAAUGCGCGCAGAUCUUUCCACGUGAACACUCCACUUCCUCUUCAAGCCGCCGUCACCGCGCCUUGCACGAGCUCUAGACCUUCUGUUCGUGCUUCUCGAGCAGUAAUGGCGGCGACCCAUCAGCGGUGCCGCGAGCUCGCGGCGGCUCUGAGGCUCUUGCUCUGCUUCUGCUGCUGCUUCUUGCCACUGGCUCUCUCCGCCGACGGCGACUACGAGAUCUUGCUCCGGGUCAAGACCGCCCAGCUCGACGACCCGGACGGCCAGCUCGGGGACUGGGCCCCCAACACCGACCGCAGCCCCUGCAACUGGACCGGCGUCGCCUGCGAGUCCGAGACCCGGAACCGCUCCGUCGUGGCGAUCGACCUCUCGGGCCUGAACCUCUACGGCGCGUUCCCGUCCGACCUCUGCCGGAUCCGGACCCUCCGGAACCUCUCCCUCGCCGGAAACAACUUCGGCGGCGCCCCCGCGGCGGCGCCGUCGUUCUCGCUCUGCUCGCACCUCCAGUCGCUCAACCUCUCCGGCAACAACUUCGUCGGCCGGCUGCCGGACCUCUCGCCGGGGUUCGCCGACCUCCGGGUCCUCGACCUCUCGUUCAACAACUUCUCCGGCGAUAUCCCGGCGAGCUUCGGCCGGUUGCCGGCGCUGCGUGUCCUCAUGCUGGUCGCGGACCUGCUCAACGGCACGAUACCUUCCUUCUUGGGCAACCUCAGCGAGUUGACGCGGCUCGAAAUAGGUUACAACCCAUACAAGCCAGGCGUUCUGCCUCCGGAGAUCGGAAACCUGUCCAGGCUCGAGAAUCUAUGGCUUGCGAGAUCGAAUCUCGUCGGAGAAAUCCCGAGCUCGAUCGAGAAGCUCACUUCUCUGAAGAACUUCGAUGUGUCUAGCAAUGCGCUGUCAGGGAAAAUUCCCGAUGCCAUUGCCGGGUUGCGAAGCGCCGAGCAAAUUGAACUGUACGACAACAACUUAUCCGGCGAAUUGCCGGAGGCGAUCGCCAAUUUGAGCUCUCUCCUUCGAUUGGACGUCUCUCAGAACAGUGUCACCGGCGUCCUGCCGGAGAAGAUCGCGGCGAUGCCGUUCACGUCCCUGAACCUAAAUGACAACCUCUUCACCGGCGAGAUUCCCCAAGUUCUGGCGUCGAACCCUAAUUUGCAGCAGCUGAAGCUCUUCAACAACUCUUUCACGGGGAGAUUACCAGCCGAUUUGGGCAAGAAUUCCGACUUGGAAGAUUUCGACGUCUCUGGCAACUCUUUCACCGGCGAGUUGCCUGAGAAUCUCUGUUCCAGAGGCAAGCUCCAGAGCAUCGUCGUCUUUAACAAUCGCUUCACAGGAAGCUUGCCGAGUUCGCUAGCAAGCUGCGAUUCUCUCGAAUACGUCCGAAUCAGCAACAACGGACUCUCCGGCGAAGUGCCGGCCGGAUUUUGGGGCCUCCAGGCAGUCUGGCACCUUGACAUGAGCUACAAUAAGUUUGAAGGGGUGAUUUCGCGGUCGAUUUCGGGUCCCAAGGGCCUGACAUCACUUCUGAUCGCCGGCAACAACUUCUCUGGCGAUAUUCCGGCGGUGAUUUGCCAGCUCUCGAACCUCACUGUCAUCGAUUUGAGCAACAACCGAUUUGGCGGCGGACUCCCGACGUGUAUCACCAAUUUGGGCAAUUUGCAGAAGCUCGAGAUGCAAGGCAAUUUGUUCACCGGCCAGAUACCGAGUUCUGUAAGUCCAUGGACCGAUUUGACCGAUUUGAACCUGUCGAACAACCGGUUCACUGGGAGCAUACCGGCUCAAUUAGGCGACUUGCCGGUGCUGACGUACUUGGACCUCUCUGGGAACUCGCUCUCCGGCGAGAUUCCAGCAGAGUUGUCCAAACUGAAGCUUAACAAGUUCAAUAUAUCGCACAAUCGGCUCUACGGCGAGAUACCGCCGGGCUUCGAUCAUGAGCUCUUUGUUUCGGGCUUAGUGGGCAACCCGAACCUGUGCAGCUUGGAUUUGAAGCCGUUCCCGAAGUGCACGAGAGCCCGGCCCGCCACCUUCUACGUGCUCAUAGCUCUAGCCGUAUGCGCCGUGCUCCUUUGCGCGUCCCUCGUGUGGUUCCUCAGGGCGAAGUUGCAUUGGUGCGGAGGCAAAUCGAAACGGCUGUGGAAGAUAACCACGUUCCAGCGGGUCAGGUUUAGCUAUGAGAUCAUCGAUCAGUUGACAGAUGAGAACUUGAUUGGGUCCGGUGGAUCAGGCCAGGUCUACCGGAUUAGGCUCAAGUCGGGCCAGACGGUGGCGGUUAAGAGGCUCCGGGGCGGGACCCUGAACCCGGACACCGAGUACGUGUUCAAUUCGGAGGUGGAGACCCUGGGUAACGUCCGCCACGGCAAUAUAGUAAAGUUGCUGUUCACGUGCGCGGCCGACGAGGGCAGGCUUUUAGUCUACGAGUACAUGGUGAAUGGGAGCCUGGGCGAUGUGCUCCACGGGCUCAAGAGCGGAGGGUUCCUCGAUUGGCGCCAGCGGUUCGCGAUAGCAGUGGGCACGGCCCAGGGACUGGCCUACCUGCACCACGACUGCGUGCCCGCUAUCGUGCACCGGGAUGUGAAGAGCAACAACAUCCUAUUGGACGAGGACCUAACCCCGCGGGUCGCCGAUUUCGGCUUGGCGAAGACGUUGCAGCAAGAGGCGGCGUCGACUGGGGACGGCCUCAUGUCGAGGGUGGCCGGGUCCUGCGGCUAUAUUGCGCCAGAGUAUGCAUACACCUUGAAAGUAAACGAGAAGAGCGACGUCUACAGCUUCGGCGUUCUUCUCCUGGAGUUGAUCACCGGGAAAAGGCCAAACGACCCUUGGUUCGGCGAGAACAAGGACAUCGUGAAGUGGGUCACCGAGAUCGCACUGUCGACUCCCGAGGCGGAAGGGGAAGGAAAUUGUGACGGCAAGCCAGGGUGCUGCCACGGCGAUCUCGCGCAGCUCAUGGAUCCGAGGUUGAGCCCAUCCUCGAGCGACUAUGAGGAGAUUGAGAAGGUCUUGAACAUAGCUCUCUCUUGCACUUCUCCCUCGCCGAUCAACAGACCCAACAUGCGACGCGUGGUUGAGUUGCUCAAGGACAAAAAGUUGGUCCGUUCCAAAUGAUAUGAACUAUAGCAUUUUUAGCUCUCAGUUUUGUGGUCAAUGUGUGUAAUAUGCGCUGGGCUUUUGUGAGAUAGAUCUUCUGCUGAAAGUAGUGAAAGGCCUGUGAGAUGGAUCUUCCGCUGGCCUCUUUUUCUACCUCUUCAAGUGUUCGGGUUUAUCAUUAAUAGAAUAUAAGUUUUCAAUUGCCGCAUAA